AUACCUAGAUGUUAGAUUUUAAAGCAGAAGUUUAUAUUAAAUUUAGAAAAAUUAAUUUAAUGGAACCCACAGUGAUCGAAUGACCAAAGGAAACCCAAAGAAAAGGGGAUCCUGCGAUAUCCAACCCUUCCUUACUUUCAUUUUAAACUGAUUGUUGAACACAUGUAUUAACUGCUUCUGGACUUUGUUUUAAGGUUUACAAGAAAUGGACACCUUCCUUGGUCCUUAUCCCUAUGAACACUUUAAAAAAUGGGUCUCCCUGACCAACCAUAUAACUAAAGAUUUACUAGAGAGAGUUCAGCCUGUAUGCAAAAAGAUAUCAUCUGUUACUGAACUAGCGCAAGAAUCUUUGCACACAAGGAGUAAGACUUCAGAAUCUGUGGACACUGUUUCUUCAAUUACGUGGAAUCAAGAAACUCUGAUCAGAUUUUCUGAGAUUCCCAAGCAGAGAUAUCCAGAUGGUGCAUCACCUGUGGAAAUCAGCAAGUACAGUAUGGACAGUAGUUAUGCACUCCAUAGCUUAAUAAACCACAUGAAAGACAGGAAGGAAAUUCUUGCUGAACUGCAGUUUGCCUUUGUGUGUUUCUUAGUAGGCCAAGUGUAUGAUGCAUUUGAGCACUGGAAAAAACUCCUCAAUCUGCUGUGCAGUUGUGAUGAAGCUUUGUCAACAUAUAGUGACAUAUUCGAUGCUCUGAUAGGUGUCUUGCACUUUCAAGUUCUGGAAAUUCCAAAAGAUUUCUUUGUGGACAUUGUAUCAGCAAACAAUUUCCUGACCACAACUUUGCAGGUGAAUCUCAAGCGUGUAUAAAUAAACACUUAAUUAAAUGGCCCCAGGAGAAACAGUGAGUUUUGUUUCCCCGAGACCCUCAAUGUUCCGCUUGGCUUCGCCUCGGGGAACAUCGAGAGUCUUGGGGAAACAAAACUGACUGUUUUACUUGGGGCCAGUCAAUAAGUGUUUUGUUAUACUUCCCAACUCAAAAAUAGAGCAAACUGCGAGAAAACAUAUUUGCUUGACGCCGGCUGGCAUUCAAAUUUGCCGCGGUUUCAAGGUGCACGUCCUGAUCACGUGCAAGUCCAAAGU